AUGGUCCACGGCAGAACAGAGGCUCUUCCCCAGACAUCUUCCGAUCCGCUCCCUGAGAUACAAAGAGAGGUCGAUGAGACGCUCCAAGACACCCUCAAUGAAGUGAUUAUGGCUGUUGAUCUGAGAGAAAGAGGUACUGUUGGUUGUUCGUACUACGUUGCCAGGGAGGAGAAGCUCUACUUCAUGGAAGAUGCCAAGCUAGGCGGCAUUGAGUUGAUCAAUAUUCUGAAAGCUUUCGUUGAACCCACGGUCAUCCUUGUAUCGACAAAGACUGAUGAUGCUGUUAUCGACACUCUUGAUCCUGAAGCCAGAGAUGGGACUUCUGAGCGAGGAAGUUACGACCAGUUUCGCUUGCCCUUUGUACUCGAUAUCCGCCCAGCAGCCGAAUUCGGAUAUGACGCCGCCAAAAACAAACUUGCUGGUCUUCACCUUCAGCGGGAGGGCCAACCUAACUUUACCUUUGUAAUACCAGGAGAUGUCGUGGCCGCGGACGGAUUGAUAAAUGGGGAGGAUACCCCGGGUCGACAGGAGCAGUUACUUCGUCUUGCGGGAUGGGUUGAUCUUGAAAGUCGCCUUACGAUUGGUUGCGCGGGAGCGGUGCUUUCAUUCUUGCAGCGGAGUCGUGCCAAUGCCUACCUACCUGGGGAUGAAGCUGCGCAUAGUAUGUUUCGCGUCUCAACUAUUGAGAUGUUCACUCUCCGGGAUACUAUGUUCGUCAACGCGGACACGUUGCACUCAUUGCAGAUACUGAGCUCGGAAUCUCAUCCAAAUUCUCAUAACCAGGGACCCAACAGAGCUACGUCUGGUUUUAAAGAAGGUUUGUCCGUGUACGGUCUAUUCCACCACCUCGCAAAGACUCCGCAGGGUAAAAUUCUGUUGCGUCAGUAUUUCUUAAGACCGAGUCUAGCACCGGAUAUAAUUGACGAACGGUUGGACACAAUUUCAGCUUUUCUUCGACCCGAAAAUUCCGGCACAAUGGAUAGUCUCGUGAAAGAUCUACAAUCAAUACGGAAUAUGCGCACGGUGAUGAUCAAUCUCAGAAAGGGAGUUUCCAGCGGCAACAGCAAGUCCGGCGGCUUCUCGAGGAGCGUGUGGACCAGUAUACGCCAGUUUGCAUACCAUGCCCUGCAAAUCAGAGAUGCAAUAAGAGACAUGGCUGGUGGCGAGUCUCUCUCCAUCGGAAACAAGGUUGUUCAGAGAUUUGAAGGGUACCACCUCGCACAAGUUGGAAAACGUAUCAGCGAUAUAGUCGAUUUUGAUCAGUCAGCAACAGAGUCUCGCACUGUGAUACUGCCCGGUGUGGACGAAGAACUCGACCAAAUGAAGAGAACAUUUGCAGGAUUGGAUGACUUGCUCGGUCAAGUCGCCCGAAAAUUAUCGGAAGGGAUUCCCUCGGAUCUCCAACAGAGCCUGAACGUACUUUAUUUCCCACAGAUAGGGUUUCUGACAACGGUUCCCCUCGACCCAGCCACUGGUGAUCCCGUAUAUGAGGGGACCUUUGAUAGUCCAUGGGAACGCAUGUUCUCGACGGAAGGUCAGAUAUACUUCAAGAACAGCGAGAUGCGGGAAAUGGACGAGCAUUUUGGUGACCUCUACGGCAUCAUAUCCGAUCGCGAGAUUGAGAUUUGCCACGAGCUUGCACAGUUUGUUCUCGAGUAUGAGACCCUCUUAACGAGCGUGUCGGACAUAUGUGGGGAACUAGACAGUCUACUUGCAUUGACGCAAGGUGCUAGGCAGUACAACCUGAAGCGCCCUAGAGUGACACUGGACAACGAUAUUGAGAUCAAAGGGGGACGGUAUGUUUUGCAUUCGCACAUCCUUCAAGAGCUCACUGUUCCCUCAUAUGUUGCAAACGACACGAAAAUAGUUGGAGGGUCUGGGGCUGCGAAUUCAUUUGAGAACAUGGGCAGCAGCUCAUCAGCAUAUUCCACGCAGCCCAGCGGAGGCGACUCUAACAUGCUGAUCAUGACCGGACCAAAUUAUUCCGGGAAGAGCGUCUAUCUCAAACAAGUGGCAUUGAUUGUCUUCAUGGCGCAUGUCGGCUGCUUUGUGCCAGCUGAGAGCGCAAGGAUCGGACUUACAGACAAGAUCCUCUCUAGGGUGGCUACCCGGGAAACGGUCUCACGGGCUCAGAGCGCGUUCAUGAUCGACUUGCAGCAAAUAUCCUUGGCCUUGAGUUUAGCGACAAGGAGAAGCUUGUUGAUCAUCGACGAAUUUGGGAAAGGGACUGAUUCGAGUGAUGGCUCGGGAUUGGCUUGUGCCGUGUUUGAGCACCUUCUUCGUCUCGGCACUGAAUGUCCGAAGGUUGUAGCUGCUACCCAUUUCCAUGAAAUAUUUGAAACCGGAGUGUUUAGGCCCCAGAUCAAUCCUACGUUUGGGCAUAUGGAGGUGCGAAUUGACACUGAGGCCUCAGAGACAGAGGAGCAGAUAACAUAUCUCUACAACUUUUGCAACGGCCGGAGCACUUCAAGCUUUGGCACCUGUUGCGCAGCCUUGAACGGCGUGCCUCCGGAGAUAGUUCAGCGCGCCGAACAACUAAUACUCUUGGCUGCCAGAGGAGAAGAUCUUGUGGCAGCAUGCUCGACAAUGCCAGAAUCAGAAGCCCUGGAACUUGAAGAGGCAGAACAAAUUGCGCGAGAUUUCCUUGCAGCUGAUGUCUACCGAGACCCCAAGCAGACCUUAAGUGAUAUUCUGACGGUAUCUACGACGACAAAUUCUCGAGCAUGA